AUGUUGCGUUCUAACAUAUUCAGCUUGGUGCGGCUUUUGAGACCUUUACAUCAUACUAGCAUUAGAAAUUAUGCUGCUCCACCUAAGAGGUUCUACAAAAAUACCGGUGUGAUCUCUAGUAAUGGACGGUUCGAAAUUACAUUGGACAGUCGAAAGUUGAAAACGCCGAGAGGCCUGCCAUUUUAUGUCGAAAGCGAACCGCUUGCCAUCGCAAUUGCUACAGAAUGGGACGCACAGAAGGAAGUUAUUGAUCGUUCCUCAAUGCACUUGACUGCGCUAAGCAGUACAGUGAUCGAUAAUCCCAACAGUCUCCAAAAGCAUGAUAUGGUGAAUUAUCUUGUCAAUUACAUCAAUACCGAUACGGUGUUGUUCCAUUCCAACGAAGAGCCAGAGUUGAAACAAAUGCAGAACCAGGAAUGGUUGCCUCUCGUCCAAUGGUGUAACAAGCGGUAUGAGAUCAAACUUGCUGCAACGGAUUCACUCGUGGUGCCAACGUUCGAAGCCGGGACAUCGAUGAACCUGAGCCGUUACUUUUCCUCUUAUAACACAGCUGCACUACAUGGGUUUGUGUUCGCAGUAGACACGAUAAAAUCUAUAAUAUUGACAAUGGCUUGCGUGGAUCGGUUCAUACCGAUUGAGAAGGCGGUGCAGCUAGCACGAUUAGAGGAAGAAUUUCAACAAGGCCACUGGGGCAAGGUAGAAUGGGCGCACGAUGUGCAGCGUCUCGAUUCGCAGGCCCGUCUUUCAGCUGCAGUACUGUACAUUUAUUUCAACUCGAGUAGUGCAUUUGUUAAAGAGAAAAUAUCGCUUUAAACCACACAUAACGCGAUUUGAAAUA